AUGUUGACUGUUCAAUUGAUCAUGCAAUCCGGAAAGCCAUUGGUUACGAAGCUCCCAAUCUCAGCUACCGUAUACGAGCUAAAGGCUGAGCUUCAGAGCCUUCUCAAUAUUGAGCCGGAAACAUUGGAGAUUUCUGCAUCUGAUGUAACGUGUGCCGAUUCAGAUCUUUUAAUAGAAGUUGCUGCUAUCCUCGGAUCUAGUGGCGGAUCCGUCCAGCCAUCCACUAUUGAUUGCAAGCGAGGUAUUAAACGAAAAGCCCAAGGACAUGAAAUAACCAUAGAGACUAAACGGAUCAAAUAUGUUCUCGAAUCCAGUGAGGAGAGUCUAGAAAACCACUCGUAUGGAGAUAUGCAGGAGGCAUGCGAUAUGGGAGGCUGCGGAAUAAAGUCCCGACCACCCCCGGUUAAACAUGAAAUCGAAAUGGAACCUGAUGUUAUAAAUGGUCAGCGGCCCCCGUACGUUAACAUUCUCCCAGAGAACAGGUCGUUUGUCGUGGUUAUAUCUUCCUCAGAAUGUGAGAAAAACUUUUGCGACCUGUUGGAAGAGUUCUUUGGAAUUUUUAAGGAUUUCAGAAAUGUUCGCUGUUUUGAUUUUAAUGAGGUGACUCCAGACACUGAGUACAAUGGGCGGCUGUACAUUGCAGCGGCCAAUGAGGAUACGAUGGACUGGGUGGCGGGCAACGUAUGCUCCAUGGAGACAUAUCAGGCCACCAGUCUCAUAGACUUCCUACACCUGACACCGGCCAGAGUUACAUGGCCAAAGGUCGAGAAGUGUUUCCAAGCAAUUUUCGAACUUCUGGAACAGCAGAAUGCUGAUAUUACGACGGAGAAGUGGGCCGUGGUGAGCCGCAAAGAUGCAGCCCCAUAGUGACAGAUAUUUGUCCAAAUGAACAGCUUGAGAUCUGGAUGGAUGCAGAGAGUGUGGACAUCAUCAAGGAAAGAUGCAACAGCCUCAAAUUUUGUUU